AUGGAAGAAGAUAAGGGAAAAUAUCCUCUUACCAAUCAACUUCAUUACACCAGAAAUCCAAAACAUCCAAUUCCUCACAAUUAUAUUGUUGAAACUCAAUAUGGAAAAGCAAACCAUAUUGUAAAAUGUUCAAUUAAUUAUGUGGAAGGAAAACCUUUAUUUAAAGUCAACUUUGGAGAAAAUUUUGCGAAAGAUGAAUUUUGUGAAUAA